AUGUCGCGUAGUCAACAACCUUCGAUACUGUCAUUCUUCCAACCCAAGCAACAGCUACAACAACCUCAACAUGCCCCUCCCCCUCAAGACUGCAUGAACGGUGCAGACACAACAGCAAGCGUGCUUCUGAGCAACACCUCCGUACCACCACCACCUCCUCCUCCUCUGUCUUCCCUCACCUCGGCCCCACCGCCGCAACAAGUUCCAGCUCGUCCAGGUGUCAGUCCCGUCACGGUCACUCUUCCGGCCAACAUCCCCGUCCUCCCAUCCCCACCGUCGAUCCCCUCUCAAGCUAGCAUAGUCCCGGUGGCCGAACACCACAUAGCCGCCCUACGCAGGAUCAAUUCGCUCCUCCUCCAAGUCGCCUACCCGGACGCCUUCUACGCCAAGGUCCUCGAACCGCUUGCCUCGGGGCUCUUCUCGCGCGUCAUCCUGUGGAGCGACGAUCCUGCUUCCGAGCCCAAAGUCAUCGGUGGCGUCGUCUGUCGACUCGAGCCGAACCCCUUCCUCGACCCGUCCAACGGCCAACCGCAGGCACCGCAAAUACCCAGUGCCCAGCAGCAGAACCAGCCCGGCCCAGCUCCCGCCGACUCCCCUUACCACGCCAUCUACAUCCAGUCGCUCGCCCUGCUCUCACCCUACCGAUCCCUCGGUCUCGCUGCCGCCGCGCUCGACCACAUCAUCGCCAGCGCCUCGCUCCUGCCCGCCGCCGGCUCCACGAUCGACGUGCGAACCAUCUACGCCCACGUGUGGACCGAAAACGAGGAAGGACUGCAGUGGUACGGACAGCGAGGGUUCCGGACCGAAGGCCGCGACCCAGUGAGGGGGUACUACUUUAAGCUACGACCGGACACGGCUUGGAUUGUGCGUAGGGACAUUGGAGGAGGAUCUGCUACAGAAACACAAGCACCUCUUCUAUCCCUUGGGGCGGCGAACUCUUUACCGAAACGAACCCUCCCAUCAACCGGCAUCAUGGCUUCCAGCACAACCGCCACCACGCCCGCCACGGCGACGGGCGUCCUAGCAGCCGCUGUCAACCUACCCUCUUUGGCCACACUACCACCGCCAACAAAGUCCCCAGCUGGACCUCCUCCAUCAUCUUCGAACCCAAUCACCCGUUCAUCCUCAACAGCUUCCUUCCCACCAUCAGCAGCAGGGGCACCGGGGGUACCACCUACAUCAACAUCCACCUCAACACGGCCACCGCCCCCCUCAACCGGCAUGUCCUACCAAAACGCGCGACCAGAAACAGAAUGGAACGACUUGCCGCCUGAGAUGGUCCAGAUGAGUGUUCCCGGCGCUGGUACUCCCAGGGAAAUGACUUCGGGGGCCACUAGUAGUAGUGCGGUUAGCUCGAGGAGUAGCUCUGUGGCACCACCGGGGGGGCCGAAGAAGAAGAAGGGGAGGGCGUAUCCUAGUGCUGCUUUUGGGCAGUAG